AUGGAGCCCCCAAAGGUCGGCGACAAGGUCGCGGACAUUGACACGCCAUCCAUGAUUGUCGAUCUCGACCUCAUGGAAGCCAACAUCAAGAAGCUGAUGGACAAGCUCCUGCCGACUGGGCUUGACGUCCGCCCUCACCUGAAGACGACUAAGAGCGCCAUCUUGGCCGGCAAGCUGGCAAAGGCCGGCGCGAAGGGAGGCUGCGUUACUAAGGUCAGCGAAGCUGAAGUGAUUGCUGCCGCUGGCUUCGACGACCUGCACAUUACCUGCCCAAUAAUUGGCCCCGCCAAAAUUAGGAGGUUGGUGGAAUUAUUUCGGAAGUACCGCAAAGUCCGGAUUGUCGUCGAUAGCGAAUUCGGCGCAUCGGCAGUCAAUGAUGCUCUGGCGCAGUCGGGCAUUGACGAGCCCAUCGCCACCCUAAUCGACCUUGACGUGGGCCUUCACCGAACGGGCGUGAAGCCCGGUGAGCCUGCUAUGGCUUUGGUGAAGCAUGUUGGAGGACUGAAGCACCUGAAGAUUGUUGGUGUCCAGGGUUAUGAGGGCCAUCUACAACAUUUGCACGACUUUGAGGACCGCAAGUCUCAAUGCCUGGAGUCCAUGCGCAUCCUCACCAGUACCGCCGAAUCGUUCCGCCAGGCGGGCUACAACAUCGAGGUUGUGACGACCGGAGGAACCGGAACGGCUGAGUUCUGCGCCUCUGUCCCUGGGGUCACUGAACUUCAGCCUGGCUCUUUUAUCUUCAUGGAUACCGACUACCGUAACGCCGUCGGAACGUUCUACUCCAACAGUCUGACUAUCUUGUCGACUGUCGUCAGCAAGCAGGGUCCUCGGGCCGUGACAAUCGAUGCCGGGUUGAAGUCGUUGACGACCGACAGUGGAAUGGCUGAGUGCAAAGAUCCAAGAUACAAGUAUAAUGAGUUUGGUGAUGAGCAGGGGUCUCUUAUGUGGCAAGAGAAUACCCCUGACCUUUCGGUUGGCGAUCGCCUCGAAAUUAUCCCAAGCCACAUCGACCCCACAAUCAAUCUGCACGAUGUGUAUUAUGCUCACCGCAGAGGAGUCAUUGAGGAAAUCUGGCCUGUCGAUUCGAGGGGCAAGGUACAAUAG